GGGAAACCAAUGUUGCCAUACAGAGCCCGCAACGUGACAGUUCGACGUCUGGGACACUAGCGCCACCUCGCGAAGUGCGUGCGAAUUUCACUCUUUCUUCGCAGCGAAAGAGGGCGUCUUCGCCACUCAUCCCACUAAUCCCCCACUGUUCGUCUAUGCUCCAUCUUGAUUCAUGGCAGAAACACCGCCACGACGCAACUCGCAACAAAUUAUUUCGAUCUCUCGGACGAUAGCAGUUCGCUGACUCACGAACCUUCGCCAGCAAGAACAAAAAACGACGACCCCCGUGUAGAGUGCAUUCAAACCCCUACCACUUCCGCGACAAUGUUCCGGAGAAAAGCGGCCCUGCACACACGACCGACGCCUCCGACGUUCGAGGCGAUCCAAGAAGACCUCUACUGUGCCGCCGACGACGUCGUCUUCAGCGUGCUUCCCGACGGCAGCAAUCUGGAAGCGACCAGCGACAGUGCGGCCGCGGCCUCGGGCGAAGACGGAAACGGGCCCAUGAGCGCCGACGCAGCUUUCCUCAAAGUAAAACACUUCAUGGAGAUGAGUGAAAAGAUCGCGGGUCUCGCAGAAGUGCUCCAAAAGAAGACCGAACACCUCAAAACCGUCAGAGACGAUCUGCACAACGAGAUCGAGCGCGUGAAGAACUCUCUACAAAACGUGAAACCUUAGAACUUGUUUACAACAAUUGUUAUUAUUUAUCAUCGUUAAAGAAAAGCGGCUCGACUGUGCGACUGCUGCCCGCUACGUGGGCGGGGAACGCUGCUGUGCUGUUUAUGUUGUUAUGUUCACAUCAGACCAACAGCGGACGACGCUACGCAAUAAAGUUCAGCCAGCUCGUGUGCA